AUGUCAGGGGAACCGGAAGCCAAGAGCUGGGAUGACACACAGAGCAGUGAACAGAAAUUCUGCUACAGGUGGACCAUUAGCAACUUCUCUUUUUUUGUUGAGGAGAGGGAGGAAUAUAUUACAAGCCCAGUGUUCUCGUCAGAGGACAACGACAAAAUGACAUGGUGUUUGAGAGUAUACCCAACCGGAGUUGAUGAAGAAAACAAAGAUUACGUGUCACUUUAUCUGAUUUUGCUCAGCUGUGAAAAGAGCCCAGUUUGGGCAAAGUUCGAGAUUUGUAUCUUAGAUGGCAAGGGUGAAAAACGCAAUACAGAAAGGAUCUCAAGCUUUUCUAGAAUACUGCCGCAUCAGCCCUUUGGAUUCGAAAAGUUCAUUAUUCGACAUUCCUUCUUGUCUCCAGCCCAAGUGCUAACACCAGAUGACAAACUUACCCUCCUCUGCAAGGUGAGCGUACUCCAAGACUCAUUCAGCAUUUAUGGACAGAAACCAAGACCUGCAAUCAAGGUUCCAAAGUGCACACUGGAAGAUGACCUAGGCAAGCUGUGGGAGAAUUCCCUCUUCACAGACUGCUGCCUGUUGGUAGCUGGCUGUGAAUUCAGGGCUCACAAGGCUAUCCUGGCAGCUCGCUCUCCAGUUUUCAGAGCCAUGUUUGAACAUGAUAUGGAGGCGAGCCUAAAGAACCAUGUUGAGCUCCAUGACCUGGAUCCCCAAAUCUUCAAAGAGAUGAUGUACUUUAUCUACACGGGGAUGGCACCACACCUCCACAGCCACUCAAUGGCCUGUGAUAUGCUGGCAGCUGCUGACAAGUAUGGCCUAGAGGGCUUGAAGGUCAUGUGUGAGGAUGCCCUCUGCAGGGACCUCUCUGUGGAGAAUGCUGCACACACUCUCAUCCUGGCUGACCUCCACAGCACAGAGCAUCUGAAGACGCAGGCCCUGGAUUUCAUUACAGUUUAUGCUUCCGAGGUCUCUAAGACCUCAGGGUGGAUGUCAAUGAAGGAGUCACAUCCCCACUUGGUGGCUCAAGCAUUCCACUCUCUGGCUUCUACACAUCGUGUUUUUUGGGCCCUCCCUUCCAAACAACUUAAGUGGUCUUUAAGACCUAGUCAGCUAUGA